AUGAAGUUCCUCGUGACCCUGGCUGUCGCCGCGGUCGUGCUGUCGGCCGGCUUGGCCGACGCCCGCACGAGCGUGACGCUCACCAAGGGCAAUCCUACGGACGAGGUCGGCAUGGACCUCCCCACGCAGGUCGAGCUGGAGGGUGAGGACCUUGCUGUCAAAUACUCGGCCCUGGCCGAGCCGUUCGAGGGAGACGCGGACGUGCAGAUGCCCGAGGUGGGCGACGCCGUGAUGCCAAGCCCCCCUGAGGACGUUGUCGGCCGCUCCGACCUCGACGACGAAGUCUCCGGCGUCAUCGAGUGGCUCGCCGACUUCUUCGGCGUCAAGGGCUCCGCUGAGCUCACCUUCGAGGACGAGAACGGCGACGACGUCGACGAAAUCCACCUCCACUUUGGCGACCCGGACGCCCCCGAGCCGCGCCCGGGCCCGCCGCCGCCCGCCCACCACCACGGCAAGCACCCCCCCGGCAAGCACCACCACGGCAAGCCGUGCAACUCCCGCCCCGUCCACCACUCCAACGACUACCCCACCACCGCCGACGAAGCCGACGACAUCGAACGCUGGUUCGGGCAGGUCUUCGACGCCGGCUGGGACAGCCCCGUCGACCCCGACCUCGCGGACUCGGCGCACGACGAGCCCCUCGUCAUCGAGGGCCCGCCCGGCGCCCCCGCCGUGCACGGUGUGGGCUCCAUCCAGGUCCUGCCCGACGGGACGAUGAUCGAGAGGGAGGUGACGACGGACGGGCGCGUGGUCAUGCACCGCGUGCGCGUCACGGGUCCGGGCGGGCCGGGCCCCGCGGAGCCGUGGGGUCCGCCGGCGCACCCUCACUGGCGUCCGCACCACGGCCGGCACGGGGGGGGCUGUCCGGUGGUUCACGCGGUGAGCGUGGGCGCGCUCGCGGUGCUGGUCCUGCUGCUGAUCGGGCGGAUGCGCCGCCAGCGCGCGCAGAUGCUCGCUGCGCUCGCGUGCCGCGACCGCCUGUGCAGCAGGUGCGCGGUGUCGUGCCGCCAGUGCGGGGGCGCGCUGGACGACGACGAGAAGAAGCCGGUCGCGACGAAGGACGCGAAGUGCGGCGCCGGCGGCUACCAGGCCGUCUCCGAGGAGGAGGCGUGA